ACGGCAUUUGAUUAGUUAAGUUUCGACCGCAACGCGACACAAUCAUGAUCUUGAUCUGCGUCAUCCACAAGUGCUUUUCCUUCUACAUGUAAUUGAUAACGAGAUCGUAAAUCCAACGAUCGACGAUGAUAAUGAUAACGAUUUCCUUGUUCGUCUAAAGCCAACGGAACUGCACUGAAAAAAAUAACUAUCGCGUCGGAAUAAUAAUAAUACCGCAGUGGUGUUGCAUCAAUAAGCAAAAUCCGCAACGACCAUUCCGAGUCCGGUAAGUUUAGUCGAAUGCUCAAAGGCCUGUUUACGAUGAAUAAUAUGGAAGUGAUAAUAAACAUGCCACUCGAUAACGAAGACGCGCAGGACAACUCUGAGGUCGAACAAUUCUUUGCUUGUCGCAUUUGCUACGACGAUGAUAAAAACGAAACUACGAUUUCACCGUGCAAGUGUGUCGGGACACAUGGCUACGUUCACGUAACGUGUCUCGAACAUUGGCUGUCUAUAUCAAAAUCGAGCAGUUGUGAUAUAUGCCACUACAAGUUCAAGACUGUCGAACGUCCUUUGACUAUUAUCGAGUGGAUGCGGGAAAAGAGGCAUUGCCACGGUUUCUGUCAACAGUUCACAGUUAUGUUAUUCUUCGUGCUCAUAUGGUGUUUCGUGCUCGCUGCCUGCAUGUUGAAAACUUUGGAAUAUCUCUCGUACAGCGACGAUGAAAGUUCCAUUUGCAGCGGGUUCAUGAUGUCCAUCAUAACGUUCGGAAUGGGUGGCAUGCUGUGGUUUUGGCUCAUCAUUUUCUCGUCUUUGACUUACAGGUUGUGGAGACGUUUCAACAUGGUAGUUCGUCUGGACAAGGAAUUCAUGGAAUACAACGAGAGCAACGACACUGAUAGCGUAAUCGAAAUGUGAUGAAACCGGUUACAGACUUCCUUUUCCUAUGGCUAUUAUAAGAUUAAUAAACAUAAUAUUAAUUAAGAUUUAUGAUAAAAACUAAAAUUUAUUGGUAUUGUUUUAACGCGUAAAUUUAUAUCAUUAGAAAACGUAUACACGGUACAAUGCAACUCAUAUAACGGCUAUAAGAACUCUAUGACUUAUGUGCGUUACUUAAAUAUAUUUAUAGAAAUUCUCUGAAGCAGAAUAUAAUACCACUGGCCCACUA